CCUUGCCUUCUUCUCAAGUUGUCGUACGUGUCGCACUAAAUUUACGGUACGAAGGCAUGGUUCUCGAAGCUCUACGGUAUAUCACAAACUUCCACCGACCAUUUGAACUAUUUUCCAGGUACAGAACACUACAUCGAAUUGAAACAAUCUUCCGAUAAGUGUGAAAAGCAAGAAAACAAACACAACACAACCAUGCAAUCCAUAGAUUCAUUGUCUUCUUCCGCGUCCGGAAUCUAUUCCCUUUUGACCCCUAGGAACCCGUCCAUUCACUAUUUGACGGAGUCUAGUGCAAGUAUUCCUGCCCAUGCGUUUGAGCGUGAACGAAUCGCAAACGUGGUCCCCUUUACCAAACUGGAGUCUGUUGCGCAGAGUAAAAGCAGCGAUCGUGGCGAGGGCGAAAGCGAGAAAUCGCCCAUUUAUUCGCUCUCCACUAUUGUUUCACCUGAUAACUCAGACAUCUCAAAGGGCGGCGUCGCCAUCCCCUUUCCCUACAAGCUGCACAUCAUGCUCGAGGCAAUGGAGGCAGAGGCCGAGAGGGGCCUCCCCGAGGGAAAAUCAAUAGUCUCUUGGAUGCCCCACGGGCGUGCCUUCAAGGUUCACAAGCCGGCCAGAUUCGUCCAGGAGAUCCUAGCUCACUUUUUCAGCCAGACCAAGUACGCAUCCUUCCAGCGCCAACUGAACCUCUACGGCUUUUCCCGAAUCACUAACCCCGGGCCCGACAAGGGGGCUGUCCAUCACGAAUGCUUCGUGCGGCACAAAAGGGAUCUAGUCCAGGGCAUGGUCAGGAAAAAGGUCAAGGGAACAAAGUUCCGUCGAGUCGUUGCGCCCGAGGAUCAGCCCGACUUCUACAAAAUUACAAGCGCCGAGCUCACCGAUACCGACGAUACCAACGAUGUUACAGCCACCACGAGCGACACAAAAAUCGAGCGGACAGAAGUUGCUAGCGUCGACAAUGGCGACAAGCACAGAAUCACCCCGAGCGCUGAACCAAAGAUCGACCUAGAUACGAACGACUUUGAGCGGCACCACCAUCUAAAUUAUGAUCACCUCCGGUUCCUGCAGGACUCGUCGCUGUCGAUUCUGCAAGCGAUGCCACAAACUGUGGACAAAACGMAGUACGCCGUCCUCCGGAAUGCCGUUAAUGCCGUGGAAGAGGCACUUGAGAAAUGCAACGAAGAAAACGCCGCCGGCCUCAGCAACGACUCACAACGCGUGGACACUAGCAGUCUGCAGCAAGCGGUGGCACACUGGCCGCUUCGGUUACGCCUGCAGCAGUCAAACAACGUAUCGGUCCCCUCCCCUUCAACAUCGUUUUUGUAUGGAUCUUCCUCCUUGUCGUCACUGGGGUGGUAACCAACCGGAAGAGCACUGUCACUAUCGAUCCGUGGAUCGAUUCAAACACAUCGUCGCUGUUGCCUUGGCAUUCGGGGUCGGCAUCAACGGCCAAAAACCAGCACCUCAUCAACGUUCAACUUUCGCCACGCCGGCUGGUGAAUGAAUGUAUUUCGGCCCAUACUAUUUUUCUAUAUAUUUUUGCCAUCGAUCUAUGCAUGUACUUACACCCAUCCAUGAUCUCUUCAUUGAAACUAAAUCUCGCUAUUUCUUGUGAAUGGGAUACGGCUCGAAAGAAUAUCGUGUUCAUUUCAAACAUAGCAGCUGGUAGUAUAGCCAGCCAGGUUGGUAUUCAUAUGAUUAAACUAUUUUACAAUGA